GAGCCACACUCUCCGAUGACAGCAGCAAGAGCAGCAGCAGUUUUUUUAAAGCCCUUGCUGCUCUCCAUUUCCCUGCCUCCUGCUUGCAGAGCCCACUUCUUCCUUCUGUGAAAACGCAGAGGGAGGGGACCGAAAGCGCCAGGACCCAAGGAACAGAGGCAGCGCCGUUAUGCAGCAGUGUGAUAAAGUCAAACAGGAGCGUGAUGAAGCAGUCAAAAAACUAGAGGAGUUUCAGAAAAUUUCUCACAUGGUUAUUGAGGAAGUAAAUUGUAUUCAGAACCAUCUUGAAAUUGAGAAGACAUGUCGUGAAAGUGCGGAGGCUUUGGCUACUAAGCUAAACAAAGAAAACAAGACCCUAAAAAGAAUCAGCAUGUUGUAUAUGGCCAAACUGGGGCCGGAUAUCAUUACUGAAGAAAUCAACAUUGAUGAUGAUGAUCCGUCCACGGAAACGGAAGGCAGCUCUGGUUCGUGCAACUCGCUGCACUGCCAGCAGCAGAUAAAAGAGCUGCGAGAUCAAAUUAUGUCUGGUCAUGAAGAAAAGAAGACCUUAGCCAUUGAGCUGGAAAACCUGAGAUGCAAACUUGUAGAAGUAAUUGAAGAAGUAAAUAAAGUAAAGGAAGAAAAAGCUGUUCUGACAUCAGAAGUCCAUAAACAGCGGAAACUGUUGGAGAAAUGUAACAGGGUGUCUGUGAUGGCAGUAGAAGAAUAUGAAGAGCUCCAGGUGAACUUCGACUUGGAGAAGAACCUCCGGAAAAAAGCAGAGUCGUUUGCACAAGAGAUGUUUAUUGAACAAAACAAGUUGAAAAGACAGAGUCAGCUGCUUCUGCAAAAUGCUGCUCCUGAUCAACAGCUUUUGAAAGCUUUGGAUGAAAACGCACAGCUGACCCAAACACUAGAAGAAGAGAGGCUGCAAUACCAAAAAAAGGUCAAAGAAUUAGAAGAGCAGCUAGAAAAUGAAGCAUUACAUAAGGAGAUCAGUCGUCUUAAACAACAGCUAGAACUUCUGGAAGACGAUAAAAAAGAAUUGGAACUAAAGUGUCAGACCUCUGAAGAAAAAGCUAAGGACCUAAAGCAUUCAGUUGAUGAACUCCAGAAACGAGUACACCAGUCAGAAAAUCCAGUGCCACCCCCGCCACCACCACCUCCACUCCCUCCUCCCCCUCCUAAUCCAAUUCGGUCCCUUAUGUCGAUGAUUCGUAAGAGAUCUCAUCCCAACAGCAGUGUUCCCAAGAAAGAGAAAGCUUCUCAACAGGAAUCAGGUGAAGUGACUGAUCUGAAGAGACAAGCAGUUGAAGAAAUGAUGGACAGAAUUAAAAAAGGAGUUCACCUUAGACCAGUCAAUCAAUCAAGCCGACCCAAGACAAAGCCAGAAACACCAAAGGCCUCUGACAGUGCAGUGAAAGAACUAAAGGGGAUACUGACAACCCUGAACACAUCCACAAGUUCGAGGAGCUUAAAAUCCCUCGAGAAGGACAGCAGCGAAACUGAGUUAGAGAGAAUCUUGCGGCGCAGAAAGGUGACGACUGAGCAAGACGGCACCAGUCCCAUGGGAGCCCUGGCCACAUCAGAAUCAAAAUCCAUGCCCGUGUUAGGAUUGGAAGUCAGCACAACACAACCUGCAUUGGACAAGAAACCCCUAGAGGCAGAAUUUGCCAAAGCACCCGAUUCAGGUGAAGGGUCUCAUCAAAUGAAAGGAAGCGCAAGUUCCAAGGGUGUCUUUCAAUCACCUAGUUAUGUGGAUUUUGCAAGAAAAUCUUCUAGCUGUGAAAAGCAGACUGAGUCCAUUGUAGUUUUAGAUCCUGUUUCCAGCAGUGAAGACCAGAUGCCUGAAAAACUCCUAAAACAAGACAAAGUGGAGGAAGAAAAAAGUAAAAAAAUUGAUAAUGAAACGACUGUUAAGAAAACAAAAGAGUCUGAUAGUUCCAGCUGUUAACUGUUAGGCUAAAAACUGGGACUUUAGCAGUCCUUACUAGUAAGUAUAAAUUUCACAGGUGUGAGCAAGGAUGCUCAAUACUAAUAAUAAUGUAUGCAAACUGUUUUUGAUGACAGUUACUGAAAUGACCUUUUGUAUACAGUUUUGUUAUAUGCAUUAGUGGGUCAUGUAAAUACAAAGGUCAGUCAGAAAGUAAUGCCUUCUAUUAUUUUCUCUCAGCCAAAUAUUAUUGAAAAAAAUAUUAAACAUGGAUGGUAAAUUUGUAUCGCUAAACACACACCUAUUUUUGUUAACAUAGCCUCCUCCUUCAAUGGCCUUUUUUCACUGGUGACUGACCCAACAUUAUAUGAAGGUUAGAAAAAAUGCCUCCUAAUUUUUAUCUCCUAAUCAAGCCACAGACAAUAGUGGAUGUUCUAGACUUUAUGCCUACAGAGGCCACAGCAAACUCAGAGGACUAUGUCAAGACCCCAGAGAAACUGAAAUAUCAAAUGCAAAGAGUUUGUCCCUACAGA